AUGGCUGUGGUCCGGCUGCUUGGCGCAAGUUGGCGGUCCUGGCGUAGGCUCAGCAGCACCUCCAGCGUGGACCUUGACAAGCCGGCUUCAACCCUCGGUUGGGAUGGUCCCAUCUUGGUGACGUAUCUGUCGGCAUCAGCCGCUCGGUUAUGUGGGUGUGUGUGGAAAGUGGGUGGCUUUCACCAUGGCAGGCCCCACCGAACGACUGAAGAUCACAACGUUCAAUUUUCAAGCGACUCCCAGACGGGAGUUCUGGCCAAGGCGGUCCGGCUGUCUGCCAAUGUGGUGUACCUAUGCUAUGUUUUGUGUGCCAAUGGCUCCGCCGCCUCCACGAUUCUGCGCCUCAACACGCCAUUUCGCUUGGUCCAAGUUCGGAUCUACGUUGUGUGGUUUGUGGGGCUUGUUACGAACUCCAUCUCUCUUUUCGACAACCCGUUUAUGCCCGCAGACCGUAUACCAGGUGAGCCCAGGGCAGCCCAGGGCGUGUCUUGUGAGACACAAACGGACGGGAAACAGACUGGAAGAUGCUGGCAUAUCUGA